AUGCCCAUCGAAAAGUUAUCUCCGGCUCUGGACAACAUCAUCGACAUGGACGCUCCCAUUGAGGAGCAUGGCUCCGGAUAUGGUGGUGGCGAAGGGCCCGCGGAAGGGCCGGUGUGGUGGAGCGACGGCGGCUACCUGCUGUUCAGCGACAUCCACAACGACCGCCGGAUGCGCUAUACGCCGGGCAGCGGCGUUACCGUGGACGCCGACGGCGUGAACCGUCACAACGGUCUGACCCGAGACCAGCAGGGCCGCCUGGUGGCUGCCGAGCACGACGGCCGCCGCGUGACCCGACUUGAGGCCGACGGGUCGACCACCGUGCUGGCCAACCAGUUUCAGGGUCGCCAGCUGAACCGCCCCAACGACGUGGUGGUGAAGUCCGACGGCAGCAUCUAUUUCACCGAUCCGUGGACGUUACGACGCACCCGUCAGCAAUGGGAACAGACCAUCUCUGGAGUCUUUCGUCUGUCCGCCGACCUGGGCACGCUGACGCUGCUGGUGGCCGACUUCGUGGUGCCCAACGGCCUCGCCUUCUCGCCCGACGAGAGCAUUCUGUACGUGAACGACUCACGGCGGGGCAUCAUUCGGGCCUUCGACGUGCAGGACGACGGCACCGUGUCCCUGGCGACGCAGCGCCUGUUCGCCGAUAUGCGCGGCGAGCGCGAGGGCGUGCCGGACGGGAUGAAGGUGGACGUCGAAGGAAACGUGUACUGCGGCGGCGCGGGCGGUCUGCACAUCAUGAACGCCGGCGGCGAGACGCUGGGCAUCGUGGGGCAUGGCCAGCCGGCGACCACCAACCUGUGCUUCGGCGGCGCCGACUGGAAGACGCUGUACUUCACCAGCCGCAACACCGUGGGCAGCGUGCCCGUCAAGAUUGCCGGCCUGCCGGUCCCGGCGAGGUAA